AAUUCUAUCACCAUAGAGAAGUUUACAAUAUCCCAUGAAACUUAUGGACAUCUCUGCCCUCAACACCAUCAGCACAAUUCUGGAUGGUGUCGAUAUUGGGGACAGCGUACUGUCCUGCCGUAUAGAAGUUUACACUUGUAAAGAAACUGGAAAUGAUAAAAAGCUGCAUGCCAGUUUGGAAUUGCAAUUGCAAGAACAACUCUCACAAAAUGACGAUUCCUCCACCUCGCCCGUUGGAUCACUCACAAACCGCCUCAAUAGAAAGACUUUCAUCUAUUUGGUUAUGGCACUCAACUGUGCUUUUCCAGAUUAUGACUUUAUAGACACGAAGCCCGACCAAUUCAGAAAGGAGCCGUCCAUCCACCUGGCCGUCAAUUCUAUCAGUUCCAUUCUGUCCUCGGUCACCUCGCUCACAGAAGACAUCAAAACGAAGUUCUGGUCGACCAUCGACUCGGAAAUUGGCAUUCAAAAUUGCGAAGUCUACUCGUUUAUUCCAGACCCGGACUCUAAUCCAUUCGACGAAGACGGCUGCAACGUUUGGAGCUGCAACUACUUUUUCUACAACCGAAAACUGAAGCGAAUUCUUUUUAUAGCGUGCUACGCGCAGCACAAGCUGUCGCAGGACGACGGGAGCGUGUUGGUAGAAAUGAUUGAUGCAGAAUCGAACACGAAAAAAUACCAGACGUGGAUUUACGACGAGAUGGAAGUUAAUUGAAUACUUUUCGUUCAGAGCGAACGUCAACCUCUCUUAAAUGUGUUUAUUUCCUCUAA